AUGAUGAUGAAUCCAUCAACACACCAAGAAGAUCUUGAAAAUUCCUCGCCAGUAAUCAUCACAUUGGACAAUAUUCCACAACAUUCCACCAUCGAAGUGCAAUUACAACAAAAAUUGGGGAAACAAGCUCCGAAGGAGGAAAUUCCAUUUUCCUACAAAUUUAAUUUGAAACAAGUUAUAAAAUUGGAUAGAAAGGGAUUGGAAAUUCCUAAUGAUGAUGAUGAUGAUGAUGAAGAGGCACAAGAAGAAGAAGACGAAGAAGAAGAAGAAGAAUUUGAUGAAAGACAAGUUGAUUUAGAUGAAGAAGCAAUGUAUGAAAGGCAUUAUAGUGGACCAAUUGAAGGAGGAAUGCCAAAUUGUGUUACAAUUUCACAUCAAUUUCAAUGUAUUAUUGUGGGAGCUGAUGGUCAAUUGUUGUUUUUGGAUUUUAAUACUAAAAAAUUCAUCAAGGGAAUUAGAUUGCAUAGCUCAUUUAGUGAUAUUGCAAUUGAAAAGGAUGGAUAUAGAGGUGGUGAAGCCCUCAUUGUCUCAUUUACCAGACACACAGUUGAGAAAUAUGAUUUGGAGAGCUUGUUUAAGAGUAACGAAACUAAACCAAAUAUCCAACCAUUGUGGAUAAGUGGCACUAAAAAAACUGGAGAUAGUGGAAGAGGAUUUACUGAUGAGUUUAACUAUAAUUGGCCUGAAAUGAUAGCCAUUUGCUAUUCCAAUAAGUAUGAUUCUUUCAGAAAUGAACAUGAUGAUAAGAAACUUGGAAAUAUUCUAUUCGUAUGUGAUAAGUGGAAUAAUCGAAUCAAGAUUUUGAAUACGUUUGAUGGGAAACAAUUGAAAAUAUUUGGAGAGAAGGGAAAUUCUCGUGAAUUAGGAUCUAAUAUUGAGUUUAGAGAACCUUGGGGUAUUUCAUUGGAUAACCAAGAUCGUAUUUGGGUUAGUCAAUUUGCAGGACAUUGUGUUAAGAGAUUGGAAAAUCAAGUUGGACAAAUGGUAGUGGAUCAAUGUUUAGGUGAUUCAAUGAUCAUGUAUAAUCCACUGGGAAUUUUCUAUGACAAACUGGGGAAUAGAUUAUUGAUUGCUGAUAGUGGAGAAUGCACAAUUUCUAUUCUCGAUUUGGAAAGUGGAAAUUUUAUGGAUUCAAUUACUAAUAGUUCAUUUAGAUGUGUUUCAGAUGUUUGUAUCAAUUAUGAAACUGGAGAAUUAUAUGUUACUGAUCAAUACUCUGAACAAUUAUUCAUUUAUGAAUAA